ACCCAUUCCACCACCAUGCUCCGACACGCAGCGCGGAGUCUAGGAAGGACGGGCGCCACGCCGCGCGCCUACAGCACUACCUCGAGGCCACCACUAAAAGUCGCCGUGAUCGGGUCUGGCCCAUCGGGGUUCUACGCGGCGUCGCGUAUCCUCGCUCAGCUGCCCCCUACGAGCGAGCACGGCCAGGCGACCACAGUGGACAUGUACGAGCGCCUGCCGACGCCGUACGGGCUGGCGCGGUACGGCGUUGCGCCGGACCACCCGGAGGUGAAGAACUGCCAGCACAAGUUUGACGAGCUCGCCACGGACCCGCGCUUCGCCUUCUUCGGCAACGUCUCGGUCGGGCAGCACACGCCUGGGCCGUUCGCGAGCUACGCGUACCCGCACGCGCUGCACGUCCCGCUCGGCGACCUGGCAGCGCACUACAAUGCCGUCGUGUUCGCGUACGGCGCGAGCCACAGCAACCCGCUUGCUUCGGUGCCCGGCUCGUCGGCGUCAGCGACACCACUCGCCGGCGUGGUCCCUGCGCUCGCGCUCGUCAGCUGGUAUAACGGCCACCCCGGGUAUGCCGACCUGCCUGUCGACCUGAGCAAGACGCACACCGUCGACGUGGUCGGGCAGGGCAACGUCGCGCUCGACGUCGCGCGGAUUCUUCUCCGGCCAAUCGACACGCUCAAGGACACCGACAUGCCAGAGGACGUGCUGGCUGUUCUGGCGGCCAGCAGCGUGCGCAAGGUGCGCGCGGUGGGCCGCCGCGGCCCCGCGCAGGUGGCAUUCACGACCAAGGAGUUCCGCGAGAUGGUCAACCUGCCUGAUGUGGCGUACGCCGGCGUCGACGCGGGCCUGAUGGCACAGGCGCAGGAGCUGACCAAGGGCGACAGGAUGCGCACGCGCAUGCUCGCGCUCAUGGCCAAGCCUGCCAACGCGGGCGGGCGCAAGACGUUCGAGCUCGACUUUUUGCUGUCGCCCGCGGCGUUCCUGCCCGGCGAGGACGGACGGCGCGUCGCAGCCGCCAAGUGGGACGUCAACGAGCUCGCCUUCGAGGGCAAGGCGGCGUCGGCGCGCCGCACAGGCGAGCAGGUCACGCGUGAGACGGACAUGGUCGUCGAGAGCGUCGGAUAUCGGUCCGAGCCGCUCGGCGGGCUGCUGCCGUUCGACAGCAAGAGGGGGCGCGUGGUCAACGCCGGCGGGCGGGUGACAGCCGCCGACGGCACACCCGUGCCCGGCGCAUACGUGUCUGGCUGGGCUGGACGAGGGCCCGUCGGCGUGAUCGCGAGUACCAUGCAAGACGCGUACGGUCUCGUCGAGGGCAUCCUGGGCGACUAUGUUGCCGACGACGGGCCGUUCGUGCGCCGGGACGCCGGCGCGGCGAUCCCGCUCGCGCCGGAGGGCGGCCGGCCUGACGCCGUCGAGAAGGGCCUCAAGGACGGCCGUGUCGUUCCCCUCGCUGGGUGGCAUGCUAUCGACAAGGCUGAGCAGGAGCGCGCAAAGGGCACCGGCAAGGAAAGGGAGAAGUUUAGGCGCGUAGAGGACAUGCUCAGUGUCUUGGGAUAG